CGAGCAGAAGAGACCACUGCAAAGGGAGGGGGCAGAGGGAGGAGGCGAGGGGAGGAACAAAUCCAAAUUAUUAUUAAUGAUAAUAAUAAUAAUAAUCUGUCACAUCCUAACAUUUUCAUGGAGAUCACAACCCCCCUGCAAGCAGAAGAGCAUCGGGGCUCAUUUGACCUGAGACCCUUGCAUCAAAAUGCUGAUAGUAGAAAAGACAACUGACUACCCCGCCGCUGAGUACUCUCUGGUGGAGGAUGUAGCCCUCCAUUUCACGUGUUUGAUGGACAGACUGAACGAGCAGCGCCUGUUUCAGCCAGACCUGUGCGACGUGGACAUUGUCCUGGUGCAACAGAAGAGCGUCUUCCCAGCCCACAAGGGAGUCCUUGCUGCUUACAGCCAGUUCUUCCACUCCCUCUUCACCCAGAACAAGCAACUCCAGCGUGUGGAGCUUUCUCUGGAGGCCUUGACCUGCCAAGGUCUCCAGCAAAUCCUCAACUUCAUCUACACCUCUAAGCUUUUGGUCAAUGCCUGCAAUGUGCAGGACGUCUUGAACGCCGCCGCCGUCUUGCAAAUGAGCAACAUCGCAUCUUCCUGCCAGGAGCUGAUCACCACCAGGUCUCUCGGCUUAGCCAUGGCGAGCAACAUGGCGCUGACCCCAGACAACUGCGGCAAGAGUAUCCCAUCUCAGUUCUACUGCAGCAUCAAGCAAGAGAUGGAUCCGCCACACCCCAAGAUCUACGCCCGGGAAGGCAACGAUCCAUAUUCUGUCCGCGUGGAGGAUGGUGCGGCAUGUGAAGGCAACCAGAAUCUCCCUGCCAUCGCCGGUGAGAAAUAUUACAAGGAGGAGAAAGAUAGCGGCCCGCCAAUCUGCAAGGUGGAGGGUGAAGAGUCCGAGGUGGAUCUGAGCAGCCAGGGCUCUUACAACCGGGGCGAGCAGAUCAUUGUGGAAGUCAACCUCAACAAUCAAACCCUCAACGUCUCAAAGGGGAUGGAGGGGAAGUCUUCUGCUGCCAACCAAGCGGCUACCGUUGCCACAGUUAUUGGGCAGCCUGAAAGGGAAGGGUGCCCUGCGGAGGAGGAGAGAGAGGAGGAGAAUGGGCAAGGUGAGGAGGAAGAGGACAAUGGCCAGGUGGAGGAGGAGGAGGAAGAAGAAGAAGAGGAAGAGCACACAGAAGAGGAAGACCUGGAAGAGAGCACUGAGGAGGAGGAGGAGGAGGAGGAGGAUGAAGAUGGUGAAGAGGUGUCAGAGGUCAAAAGGGAGAAGUCUGGGCUACCCCAUAAGCCCAGCAAGGCCUCCUCCAAGGCCACCAAGGCUGCCAUCUCCACCAGGUCCCAGGAGACGGCCAAGGUUGCCAUGGCAAUGGAAGAUGAGGAGGAAGCAGAGGAGGAAGGGGAGGACCAAAGAGGCAGGAAGAGGAAGAAGGAGCUGGAUGGCCUUGGCCAGAAGGUGAAGCUUGAGGAGAAGCCGCACUACUCCUGCAAGAAGUGCCCCAGGGUGUUCAACAACCGCUGGUACCUGGAGAAGCACAUGAACGUCACACACAGCCGCAUGCAGAUCUGCGACAAGUGUGGCAAGAGGUUCCUGCUGGAGAGUGAGCUGCUGCUGCACCACCAGACGGACUGUGAGAAGAACAUCCAGUGCAUAACUUGCGGGAAAGCCUUCAAGAAGCUCUGGUCACUCCACGAGCACAACAAAAUAGUCCAUGGCUACGCGGAGAAGAAGUUCUCCUGUGAGAUCUGUGAGAAGAAGUUCUACACGAUGGCGCACGUGCGGAAGCACAUGGUUGCUCAUACCAAGGACAUGCCCUUUACCUGUGAAACAUGUGGAAAGUCAUUCAAACGAAGCAUGUCUUUGAAAGUGCACUCGCUACAGCACUCGGGGGAGAAGCCUUUCAAAUGUGAGAAUUGCAACGAGCGGUUCCAGUACAAGUACCAGCUGCGUUCACACAUGAGCAUCCACAUUGGUCACAAGCAGUUCAUGUGCCAAUGGUGCGGGAAGGACUUCAACAUGAAGCAAUACUUUGAUGAGCACAUGAAAACUCACACAGGUGAAAAGCCAUACAUCUGUGAGAUCUGUGGGAAGAGCUUCACCAGCCGACCCAACAUGAAGCGUCACCGCCGGACACACACAGGGGAGAAGCCCUACCCUUGCGACGUGUGUGGGCAGCGCUUCCGGUUCUCCAACAUGCUCAAGGCUCACAAGGAAAAAUGUUUCCGGGUCAGCAACCCCGUGACCUCGGAUCCCAGUGGCAACGGCAACUCUGUCAGCCUGUCCGCUCAUCAGACCUCCAACUCGUCUCACCUGACCACAGGAAUCCCACUCCACUCAACGCCACAUUCCCAUGCGCUCCCUUUGCCGCUCAUGCAUGCUCACGGCCAGAGCAUUCCCCCUCCUCCCCUCUUGUCGCCGCCUCCUCCACUCUUCCCAGGCAGCAGAGUGAGUUUGAACAACUAGGCCCUGCUCCCUCUGUGGCGCAAGCACGCAAAACUGGUCUGUAAUUCAGUAAGUGCCCAAUAGGUGUCUCAGUCACAAAUGUCAUUGCCAAGUGGAAGAAGAGCAUAGAUUGGGUUUUGGGUUGGGUUGUUUUUUAAAUGAGGCUUAAUCUUUUGCCUUCAGCCUGAAGGGCUUGAGGUUCUUCACCCUGAGUAGAAGCAUCAGGAGACCACAAGCCAUCUUUGCUGCUUGAGCUGCAUAGAAUAUGAAGGAUACAUUCUCCUUUGUUCAGAUGGAUAAGGGCGUAGACCAACUGCUGAUGUGGUCCUUUUUACUCUGGAGAUCUAGGGAGGCAGUGAGACUGUUCAACAGAUCUCAUCAACUCUCACCGCUCAAGGAAAAACAUUCUCUUCCUAUCCUACAAUGCCUGUUCGGGAGUAGAAGGUAUGGAUGUAAGAAGAGCCUGCCGGAUCAGUCAAAUGGCCCAUCCGGUCUGGCAUCCUGUUCUCACAGUGGCCAAUCAGAUGCCCAUUAUGGGAAGCCCACAAGCAGGACCGGAGCGCAAGAGCAUCUCCCCUCCUGCAGUUUCCAGCAACUGGUAUUCAAAGGCAUACUGCCUCUGACAGUGGAGGUGAAUCAGUUUCCCUUGGAGGGGUGGAUGGGGAACUUCUGGCCCUCCUAGAUGUUGCUGGAUCCCAGCUCCCAUCACGCCUGACUAUUGACCAUUGUGGGAAGGUGGUGAUGGGAGAUGGAGCCCAGCAGCUUCUGGAGGACCAGAGGUUCCUCAUCCCUGCCUUAGAACGCGGGGUCAAGAAGCUUUUUGUCCGAGCCUAAAAGCUUGGAAGAGGCCAUGGUGGCUUCUCAUUUUUCUCUUGAGAAGAAGGAGGAGAUGUGAAAUCUCCGCUCCCCUUGGAGCUGAGAGGGAAUACCAAGUGGUGGGUUGGUUGGCGCCAUGAUUGGUAGGGGCAGCUCGAUGUUUGAGCAUGCGCAUGUUGUGUGUCCUCUGAAGGUCAGCUUUUCAUUCCUUAAGUACAUAGGAAGCUGCUAGUCAGACCAUUGGUCCAUCUAGCUGCGUAUUGUCUACACUGACUGGCACCGGCUCUUCUGGGUCCUUUCCCAAUCCCACCUGGAGAUUCUGAGGAUUGAACCUGGUAUCUUCUGAAUGGAAAGCAGACACUCUACCACUGAGCUAUGGCCCUUUCUUCAUUUUUCCUAUCGCUCAUUAUCGUCGGCCACUUUAAUGUGGCUUCUCACUCUCUGUACCUUGAGUGGCCUCUUCCUCCUUGCACGGUGGAAAAGAUGAGGCUUAACCUUUUUGAAGGUUCCACAGCAUGACACCAGAAUAUAAGAAGCUUUGUCUUGAUUGCCUUCUUGGUACAUGGAAGCCAGCAAGUCUUUGUCACUCUUGCAUGGGCUGUAAGAUGUGCAGGUGUCGUAGAAGGCUUUUGGAGCCCUUGAUGCAGUACUGAUUGCAGAGAAAGACAGACAGAGGAACACACUGGCACUUGAUUUACAGCUUCCUCUUAAUUCCAGGAAAGACAUAACUGUUUGAUAGUGGACUAAUGCACUAAACAAACUCCUCUAGAAUCGUACCUGCCUACUUUCUCCUCUGCCAAAUGCUUUAGAGCUGGCUUGGUGAAGGAUAUCUGGCCUUUUUUUGGUAACGUGAAGAGUUUUAUUAUUUUAACCUUUUUUUGCACUUUAUUAAUCCAUCAUAGUAACGCUUCCUCAGUUGGAUUCUGGCAAGUUAUUCCGGACUGUGCUGCAGGCUGAUGAAACAUCUGAGCGCAAAGUCAGUUUGGCCAUGCGCCGCUGUUGAGCUGGUCCUGUUCAUUUCAAAGACACAUGGCCUCGUUCAAGCCCUAUGGAAACAGGCAGAGCUUGAGCCACAGCAGGGCGUAGGUGGAUUUGCUCUGUUGGCCUACAGAAAGCAUGUGCAUGGGCCGGUCCGUGUGCAUGAGUAACCUAUCAGUCUCGUUGGAUAUUUGAUUUGGGGAUUGUUCUUCCCUGCCUGAAACGUCAUAUAUCCUCUUCGCCUAGGACGUCCAGACCACUUUGCCUCUCUAUGUUGUGUGUGUGUGUGUAUGUGUGUGUCUUUAUGUGGACUAAAGCAGGGCUGGACCCUGGAACAACAGCCAUAACAAACGGGCAAAAAAGAUGUAACGAGAAAGUUGUGGUUCGGAAAAGGUCGAGACAGUGCAAUAAUGGCUAAGUAGUGGGAUGUUGGGGCAAAUGGCAUUGGACUCUUUGGGAAGAAGAUGUCUUGGGCCUGUUUAAAACCUUUUGCUUACCGGCACAGAGGCUUCUCGGUAUGACCCUCCAUGGCAACCUCUUCAAGAGACUUACAGAGUGACGGUUAGCACUGGGAAGAGGGGGGUGCAUUUCCUGUCCCCCCUAAAAAAAACUUGAGUAGCAUGUAUCAGCUUGGAGCUGGGGGGGGCAAAAUAACAUUACUUCACAUGCCUCAAAACUAACAAUUCUGAAUGCAUUGCUUUUUACGGAAUUCGGUGUCCGUUGUCCAAAUAUGCCAGGAAGGUAUCAAACAAAAAAAUGCGUGUAUCGGUGACUCUCUCUUAUAGCUUAAAACAAAAAAAUAUUUACAAUGAAGCACUUUAUUCUGUAUAGAUCCAAUGAGGUUGGGACAGAGGCGGGAGGGAGGAUCUGAGUUCUGAUAACUUUUUUUUAAAAAAAAAAGACACUUAAGAAAAGUUCUACAAAAUAUAUUGCAACUUUCAUUUUAACAAUCGUGAGUAUAACCUGCAUAUGUUUUUAUUUUCUAACUUGCGUGGGAAGCAGUACUCCAUCGUAAAUGAUCAUGACCACCUUUGUGUUUCUCCAGUAUAUCCUCAAAGGGGGAGGCUUUGGCACCAUUGGCCAGUGGUGAUUGGUGCCCAUGGGGGCUGAUGGGACGGAAUGCAAGGAGCCCAACAGCAGGUGGCGCCAGAGCCAAUGACAGGCAGAGUGUAAUGUUCCUUCCACUGGCACCACCUGUGAUACUCCCACCCGUGGCUACCAGCAGUCAGAAUCACACUUUUUAUUUUUCUUUAGCUCACCCUAGCACAGAUCUCACAAGAUCCCACUGCUAGGCAGCACCACCAGUCACUCCCUGUAAACAAUACUGCUAGAGACUUCGCCUUAGUCUCCCUAUGGCUUGUUACUUUGUGUCUGGGUGCCCUUGCUGUCCACAACCCCCCUGUAUCUUUGUCUAUAAAGCAUACAAUCCUGGGUUGCUCUGGAUGCUUGACGUUGUUACAAUAUCUCCCUUCACCGCUGCCACCAUAUGAUACAGUUUCCUUCAGCCUUUGUAAUAACCCUGCCCUCCCUUCUGGUCUGUGUAUCCCCAGCCAAGGAUCAGGCUUUUGGUAAACCAAUAAAAGUAUUUAUUUGAUAACACCAGGAAAUAACAAGAUUACUUUAGGAAUGUUCAACAAGUGUAUGGUUUCAUAUAGUGUCACUCUUAUGUUUCCAGUCAUAUAUAUUCUGCCUAAAUACCAGCCAAAUAUAAUCCAACCCACAACCAACUCCAAUCCACACUCCACAACCAAUUGCCAACAACUCCCCCACCAAACAGAACCCUGAACCAACUGUCAUCCUCUCAUUUAUACCUUCAGCCACUCAAACGUUCAGCCAAUCAUCAUACAGCAUUCUCCAGCAUUCUAACCCAUGUACUCCCCCCUCUAACUCAAUCCACUUACCAUAUAUACCUUAAUAAACCUGCACUUACCAUAUUUACAGUCAUAAAAAUACAGGGGCAUCACACAGAGCCCACUAAUCGUAGUUUUGUCCCCAUCCUCCCUGUUGAGUUCUACAAAGUCAACAUUAAGACUGAGGAGGAAGAAGCUAACAGCCAGGGCCGCUGCUGGAUUAUUUGUGAGUAAGAAGGCAGGCAGGUGGCAGUGGCUGAGGACAGGCCAAAGUUGGUGGGACAGGGCCCCAUUUGCGCUAAUCGUCUAUCCUCCACUCCCACUGACCUACCAGUAAAGGUCACUCUCCCUCACCCCUUUGGCCACAUCUUGUGUGUAUGUAUAAAUGAAAAAAGGGGUUGCCAUUUGCUGGGAAGAAUCAGCGCGUGUUGAAAAAUGGAAAUGGUCUGCCUUCAAGUCGAUUCUGAUUUAUGGCAACCUUAUGAAUAGGGCUUUCAUGGCAAUCGGUAUUCAGAGGUGGUUUACCAUUGCCUUCCUCUGAGGCUGAGAGGCAGUGACUGGCCCAAGGUCACCCAGUGAGCUUCAUGGCUGUGUGGAGAUUUGAUCCCUGGUCUCCCAGGUCAUAGUCCAACACUCUAACCACUAUGCUACACUGGCUUUCCUGGCUCAGCGUGUGUUAGGGGGUGCUUAAUCCUUCCCCUACCUGCUGAUUCUCCUCCUCCCCCCAGCUGUUUCUCAAAUCUGGCUGAGAUCAGAGAUGGUAAAGUAUUUUCUACCAGUAACGGUCAUUCUCCCUCGCCCCUUUUGCCGCAUCUGGUGUGUGUAAGAGACAAAAAGAGAGGGGGUGCCAUUUGCUGGAAAGAAUCAGCGUGUCUGAGGGGGUGCUUAAUCCUUCCCCCACCUGCUGCUUCUCCUCCCCCCUUCUGUUUCUCAAAUCUGGCUGGGAUCUGAGGUAGAGAAAAGACCAACUGGAUUGCUGACAGGAGAGAAAGUUGGGGGAAGUAGGUGUGGGGGGAAGCAGAGGGAAUAGUGGGGGGAGGUAAACAUCCCUUCCUCAUGCCCACUUGCUGUCCCCUUAAAAUCAAGUGUGCUUGAUGAGGCAACACAUAAAAUUAUUGCAGAAGUUUACAAAGAGCGGCGUCAAGUUCACUGAGUGUUGGGGCCCUAACCACCAGAGAGGAGGACCCCCCCCCUUGCCAUUGCCAGGGCCCGCUAGUGAAAUUCCAGGCACCCUUUCCUCCCCAUUUGCCAGUUACUCAAUAAGAUGUAAGCCCUUCUUAGAAUGGGUGGUAUUUUGCUUUUCAGUAUAUAAUGAAAUUGUUUUAAAUAUCUUUGAACCCAUGAGAGUACGUGAUUUCUGUUGGUUUUUCAUCAAUUUACUAUGACCCUUUUAGUACACUCUUCGGCCCACCCAUCACAAAAUCUGUGGCUGUAUUCUUGCAGAGUGGUACAUACCCUCCCUUCACUAAUGCAAGGCCUUGUGUAUACAUACAUAUUCUCUCGCACACAUUUGCAAUGGGUGUAGUCAUCGAGGUCUUCAACCCCUUACUUUUUUGGGAGCAGGCUCCCAGGAGAAUCCCUAUGUCUCCAGCAUUCUACCAGCCAAUCAUCAUGAAAGGGGGAGUGUGUUAGCCACUGAGAAGAAUCUUCUAACUUGCUUCCUUGUCCUUUCCUGCUGAUUGGAGCCAAUCAGAGUGAAAGGAGUUGAGGCAGCCACUGAGAAGACAUUCUCCCCUUGUGUGCGUAUUGGCUGCUAGGGACGUCUGUUGUUGUGGGAGAAGGCAUUAACAAGGAUCUCAACUCUGCAUCAAACAAAGGAGGGAAGGGCGUGGCUGUGAUUAACAUGAAGGUACCCUGCACUUGCUACUAUAUUACUGAUUUGCACUAGCCAUAGUAUUUCACAAGAGCUGCGCUUAUUGGCCCAACCCUGAAAAGGUAUCAGUGUGAACUUUUGGCGUUUGAAUCUUGUCACCAAAUUAGCAGUGCCUCUCCUCUGUUUCUAUAUCCCUUGCACAGAUAUGCUUGCAAGUAUGCAGGUGAUGCCUGCUGAAGCCUCAGAAACCAAAGAUAUGGCUGGACGAGGCCUUUGCAGUUGCAAGGACAGGGCUCCCUACUAAGUGUACCUACCUGUGUGAUGCCUACAUUUCCAAAGGCAUGGAUUUCCCCCCCCCCUCAUCCCAGUUUAGGUGUAUGCCCAAAUAUUUCAUAUGUGAAUCUGUCUUGGUUUUGGAAAGCGAAGGGGGUCUGCCACAUCCUUUCCAGGGUCCAGAGAUUGAAUGGAAGUUCAUGUAGAGGUGGGUGGGAUGCCACUCUCUCCCCCUGGCUAGGGAUACUUUGGACCCCACAUAAUUUGAGCAUUUAAGAGAAAGCGAUCAUACCUUUUUAUCGCUUACCUUAUUGAAAGGGUAUGUGUGCAUGCGUGUGAGAGAGAAUGAACAUAUGAAGUGCUCUGCCGUAUCAGGCCAGUGGCCCAUCUAGUCCAGCAUCCUGUUCUUCCCAACGGGAAGCCUGUGAGCCAGAUCUGAGCACAAGAGCACUCUCCCCUCCUGUGGCUUUCAUCAGUUGGUAUCCAGAGGCAUACUGCUUGUAACAGUGGAAACAGAACGUAGCCAUCGGGGUUAGAAGCUGUGGAUAGCCAUAGGGCAGAAAGUCACACUCGCUGUUCUGCGGGUCCCAAUGCGUCUCCACCUCUCUCUUCUGAAAACAGGGGUGCAUGAUGCUAGUUGAACCCCAUCCCUUUUUAUUGUAAAACCUGGUGGGAGCAGCUUGAGUGAGUUUUUUUUUUUAAAUCAACUUCAAAGAGAUUUUGCAACUGAUCGGCAGAUCACCCCAUUCCCACUCCGGGUGUGGCCAAUAGAAAUGCUUUGAUCUGGCGACCAAUGUGUUCACAGUCUUAUCCUCCAUGAAACUGGCCUAAUCCUCUUUGAAAGCCAUCCAAGUUGAUGACCAUGACUAUAUUUUCUGGGAGCAAAUUCCAUUGUUUAUCUGUGCACUGUGUGAAGAAUUUCUGGUGUCUGUCCUGCUAUCCAAAUCAUUAGAAUUUAGUGUUACAGGCAUUCUGCCAAAAGAGAUGUGAAAGAGGUUAUCUCACAUAAUUAGCUUCACAUCCGCUAUCACUGUAAUCUGACAACAGCCCUGUGAGGUAUGCCACACUUAUCCCACUUUAAAGAUGGAGGUAAAAGGGGAGAGAGACUUGGCUAGCCUAAGUCUGAUCCAUGGAUUGUAGCCGGUUGUGAGAUUCGAGCCUAGUUCAUAACUCGCAUGUUUCAUUAUUGUACUACACCAGUCAAAUAAAGAUUAAAACAAAAUGGGAAAAUGCCCAAAAUUCAUAGGAAGAGAUUACUUGAGGUUUUUUAGGGUGGUAUUCCAUGCCAGUCCUACUCAGAGUAGAUCCAUUGAAGUUACUUGUUAUGUGCCUUCUAGUCAAUUUUGACUUAUGGCGACCCUAUGAAUCAGCGACCUCCAAGAGCAUCUGUUAUAAACCACCCCAUUCAGAUCUUGUAAGUUCGGGUCUGCGGCGUCCUUUAUGGAAUCAAUCCAUCUCUUGUUUGGCCUUCCUCUUUUUCUACUCCCUUCUGUUGUUCCCAGCAUUAUUGUCUUUUCUAGUGAAUCAUGUCUUCUCAUGAUGUGUCCAAAGUAGGAUAACCUGUUUCAUCAUUUUAACCUGCAGCAGGGGGUUGGACUUGAUGGCCUUAUAGGCCCCUUCCAACUCUGCUAUUCUAUGAUUCUAUAACCAUGCCUAACUUAAAUUCAUUAAUUUUAAUGGGUCUACUCUGAGCUAAGGGUUACUGCUUUGCUUGCUACAGGUAAAGGCAUUUCCACUGGGUGUGUGUGACCCCAUCUCUCCUGCAACAUUGCAGAAGAGAAUAGUGUGUGUUUGUGUGUGUGUGUGUGUGUGUGAGAGAGAGAGAGAGAGAGAGAGAGAGAGAGAGAGAGAAAGAGAGAGAGAGAGAGAGAACACAUUCUCCAGAACCUUGGUCAGUUGCAGCUCUGGAGUGAACUUUUCACCACAACCUUCCAUUCUGUAAUAUGUGAAAUGGUCUAAUAUCUUACUGGCUUGUUAACUUCCUUAGGGUUUUACUAUGAAAGACUCCUCAAUAAGAAUUUCUUUUAUUUUAUUUAAGGGAAUUUGAAAUGAGCAUUGAGCAUCUCUGAACUGUAAACAUGCUUUUAAAAAAAAUAUUUGGGCCCUACUUCUUUCACUGAAUACGAAACAUUUGAUGGGCAGGGGGACCUUGCUUAACCAUUACCAAAACGUUCUGUUUUGUUAGGGGAGUUUAAAAAAAAGGAAUUGGAGACCUGUUUCCAAAUUGUACGCCUAAAU